GGUCACCGCUGUCAUUCGGUAGCUAACCAGCCGAAGGGAACGGAGGAGAUCCGGCAGGAAGGUGCAGCAAAGAACCGGCGAAACAAGCAACAUGUCUCUGUCUAACAAACUCACCCUGGACAAGGUGGACGUCAAGGGGAAGCGGGUCGUUAUGAGGGUUGACUUCAAUGUUCCAAUGAAGGACAAGCAGAUCACAAACAAUCAGAGGGUGAAGGCGGCUGUUCCCAGCAUCAAACACUGCCUGGACAACGGGGCCAAAUCCGUGGUUCUGAUGAGCCACCUGGGCCGUCCCGACGGAAACUUCAUGCCCGAGAAAUACUCCCUGGAGUCCGUCGCCGCCGAGCUCAAGACCCUGCUGGGGAGGGACGUCACCUUCCUGAAGGACUGCGUGGGUGCAGAGGUGGAAGCCGCCUGCGCCGACCCCGCCGCCGGAUCCGUCAUCCUGCUGGAGAACCUCCGCUUCCACGUGGCUGAGGAGGGAAAAGGCAAAGACGCCUCCGGAAACAAGACCAAGGCCUCCCAGGAGGAGAUCGACUCCUUCAGGGCGUCUCUGUCCAAACUGGGAGACGUUUACGUCAACGACGCCUUCGGCACAGCUCACAGAGCCCACAGCUCCAUGGUGGGAGUGAAUCUUCCUCAGAAGGCAGCUGGUUUCCUGAUGAAGAAGGAGCUCGACUACUUCGCCAUGGCACUGGAGAAACCCCAGAGGCCCUUCCUGGCCAUCCUGGGAGGAGCGAAGGUGAAAGAUAAGAUCCAGCUGAUCAACAACAUGCUGGAUAAGGUCAAUGAGAUGAUCAUCGGCGGCGGCAUGGCCUUCACCUUCCUCAAAGUCCUGAACAACAUGGAGAUCGGAACCUCCCUGUACGACGAGGAGGGCGCCGGCAUCGUCAAGGACCUGAUGGCCAAAGCAGAGAAGAACGGCGUCAAGAUCACGCUGCCCGUGGACUUCGUCACCGCCGACAAGUUUGACGAGAAAGCCGCCACCGGCACCGCCUCCGUCGCCGAUGGCAUCCCCGCCGGCUGGAUGGGUUUGGACUGUGGACCAGAGAGCUCCAAGGCCUACGCAGACGCCGUCCUCAGGGCCAAGCAGAUCGUGUGGAACGGCCCGGUCGGUGUGUUUGAGUGGGACAACUUUGCCAAAGGGACAAAGAACCUGAUGGACAAAGUGGUGGAGGUGACCAAAUCAGGCUGCAUCACAAUUAUCGGUGGGGGCGACACUGCUACCUGCUGCGCCAAGUGGAACACAGAGGACAAGGUCAGCCAUGUGAGCACAGGAGGCGGCGCCAGCCUGGAGCUGCUGGAGGGUAAAGUCCUGCCAGGUGUGGACGCACUGAGCAACGCCUAAACUCCCCGUCAGCCUGUGUGUGUAUGUGUGUGUCCGUGUGUGUGUGUGGGCGUCGUGCUUCCUGUCCGUCUCCUCUGCUCGUUGGUCUCUGAGCAGCCUCAGACUGAGACGAGACUCUCAGCUGAUCAGUUCAGGAUAAUAAAAGCGUCUCUGUGUGAAAACUCGUCU